AAGUCUUUGGGUUGUCCUUCAACAUUUGCAUCGAGCCGGACAUCGACUAAGUCGCUUAAGAAGGUGACAGUGAAACAUACUGAUAGCGUUUCUACCAACUAUGACUUCUACGGACACCUCUGCGCUGGCCUCGGCCCGCCGCCGCGCCCUAACGGUAGCAGUCAGCGCUCUGUGCACCGAGGGAGGGUUUGGAACAGCAGAGAAGGGCGCACUGGAGAGUUUAACUGAGAUGUUACAGAGCUAUAUCACAGAGAUGGGCAGGAGUGCGAAGCAGUACUGUGAACUGGCCGGGCGGACAGAACCCAUGCUGACAGAUGUUACUGUGUCCCUCAUAGAAAUGGGUGCAGAUAUAGAAGGGUUGCCAGCGUAUGCUAGGAGGGCGAACCGUCUCACUAUGACAGCUCAACCUCAGGCUCGAACUCCAGGGAACCCCAAGGUACUCCAGACAGGGACCAAGAAGGCGCACCCGUCUUACGUACCCGAGCACCUGCCUGCCUUCCCUGACCCUCACACCUACAUCAGGACACCUACGUUCCGACCUCCGGCAAGUGACUACCAGGUCAUCAGAGAAACAGCAGCGUCACAGAGAAGGGACAUCGAGCGUGCUCUGACCAGGUUCAUCGCAAAAACUGGUGAUACACAGAGCCUGUUUAAGGACGACAAGAACUCUUUUCCACUGAUAGCCCCACGCCCCCUCCCUGCACCCUACAUGCUGUCUCUGGUGGGUUCUGACAUGGACCUGACAGAUGAGACCAGCGACGAGGAACCCAUGGACACAACCAACACUUCACAUCAACAGACCCCUCCUCCUCCCCAGACAGCGGAAACCAGGGAAAGUAAAGACAGUCUAGCGGAAGGAAAGGGUGAAGAUUCCUCCCAAGACCAGAGGAACAGAGAUUCUGACUCCAUCAUUGAUAACCCUUUCUUACAACCAGCGAGAAAACCUCCCUUCCGCAGAAAACUUUCAGUAAAGUAGGAUAUAUAUAUAUAUAGAGAGAGAGAGGUUUUCUUUUACCCAACCAGUAAUGUCUCUCACCUUGCUUACGUUAUGGUGUCUA